AUGCUUUACUUCGAUAGUAAGACGAUGUCCCACCAAAACAAACAGUCUAAAGCAAUACCCAGGCACAGCGCGAGAUUAAGAGCACAGACCGGAUAUGGCACCAUUCCCGAAGACAAAACUCCAAACUUGCCCUUGGGCAUUAACGACAAAACCAUCGUUGGAGAGCAAAGUACCGGAGAUGACUCGACCACUGGCACUACCUUUCACCCCUUCCCGAAACUGCCACUCGAACUUCGUCUGAAAAUCUGGCGAUUCAACUCCCCCGAACCUUGCGUCAUCACCCAGCUUGAGCCUCUUAAUGGUUAUAAGCCCCUUCAUACAAUCGUGGUGUCUCGUCCUACGCCAGCCGUCCUUCAUAGCUGCAAAGAAUCCAGAAACGAGUUCAUCUGCGGAAACAACGAUCCGGUUAAUGCCAACCGUCCACGCUACCGCCCAUUCUUUGAAGACGGCAAUAGCAAAAAGGUCUUCUUCUCUUUCGAGGUCGAUGCUUUGCACUUGAUGGAUUGCAAAGUAGCUGAGCCUCUAGUCAGAAAGGAACUUCGCCAUAUGGUUGUUGGAGACGACUUGCCGCCAACAAACACGAAACUGGAGGAUCUCCUUACCGCAACUCCAAUAGUUAAUGUUGACUCGGACGGCGACUUUGAGGGCCCCAAGUUCUUGAAACUCCCAAACUUCAAGAAGCUACAGACGCUGAUUAUUGUUUGUCUCUCACACCUAGACGACAUCCAGCGCCUGGAGGCUCUUGUGGAGAAGCACUUGGAACUUUCAAAGAAGCGUACUCCUGAAUUUAAGGCUCCCCGCGUCGUCUUCAAGAAACUGGUAAGCGGUGCAAGUUCUGCGGCGAGUAUUAGUCCUCGUUCAGCCAUUAUGUGA